AUGCCUACGGAGCUGGAAGAACUCGUGGGCUUCAUCGCCCAUCCAAACCCCCAGAUCAGGGCCGUCGCAAUAGAGAACCUGGUCCCCUUUUCAGAAACUGAGCCGUCCAUUUUCAAAACCGAGCAGCUUAAGCCAGUGAAGCAUCUGAAAUUCCUUGUUCGAGACAUUGCUAAAAUCGCCGAGCAUGCCUUGACUAUUCUGAUCAACUUGACGGGAGACCAGGAGAUCCUGGAAUUUGUGGCAACAGAUGAGAAAUUCCUGGAAAUGGUAUUCUCACAUAUCGUCCACCCAGAAGAGCCAAACGCAGACCUACUAGCCAUGCUCCUCGCCAAUCUCUCCAAAUUCGAAGGCUCAAAGGCCUUCUUCCACAGAAAACAAGAGGCCCCCUCACAGCUCGGCUCCGACGACCGCGUCAUCAACCAGCUCAUGGACCUCUUCGUCAAGGGCCAAGACGGCGCCUACAACAAAAAGGCAGACUUUGACUACCUCGCCUACGUCUUCGCCGACCUCGCCAAGCACACCGAGAUCCGCCAGUACUUCCUCGCCGAGCAGACCUACGACAACGUCAUCCCCCUGACCAAGCUCAAGGUCUUCACCGAGCACAAGUCCGACAUUCGCAGGAAAGGCGUCGCAAACACCAUCAAGAACGCUGCGUUCGAGAUCCCCGCCCAUCCUUCGUUCUUGUCUGAGUCGGAAAUUGAUAUUCUUCCUUAUAUUCUUUUGCCCAUUACUGGUAAUGAAGAGUACGAUGACGAUGACUCGAUGGACAUGUUGCCUGACUUGCAACUCCUCCCGCCGGAUAAGAAGCGUGACUCGGACACGGCCAAUAUCCAGACUCACGUCGAGACGUUGACAUUGUUGACGAGCACACUGGAAGGCCGUGAGCUGAUGAGAAAGGUCAAGGUAUACCCAAUCAUCCGGGAAACACACAUGAGAGUCAACGAUGAGGGCGUCCAAGAAGCAUGCGAUAGACUAGUGCAGGUUCUCAUGCGAGAUGAGGCAGGGGCAGAGACAGAGGGGCGUGUGGAAGAAGAGCGCGUAAAGGAGAUUGAAGCAGACGAAGAUGAUGAGCUUGUCGAAGUCUAA